CACAGAGCUGGUGACACAGGCACUCUCACAGUGUAAGCUCAGAGAGAGAGAGAGAAAGAGGGGGAGAGAGAGAGAGGGAGACAGAGGGGGAUGAGGGACAGGCUCCAGCUGUCACACUGACAGACUCCGGGCUCACUCGGGGGCUGUAGCCCACGCACACUCCAACUUCAGAACACCACUUCUGCUGCAGCUCCGGCCACAGGAUAAUCCACGUUCAUGUCGCUUUGCUUGGUUGACAUUUUUGAUAUGGAAUCACCCACCAAGGAGAUCGAGGAUUUUGAAAAUAACUCUCUGAAGUAUCUGCAGCCGGAGCAGAUUGAGAAGAUCUGGUUGAGACUGCGAGGACUGAGGAAAUAUAAGAAGACAUCACAGAGAUUGCGAUGUCUGGUGAAACAGCUGGAGCGUGGCGAGGCUUCUGUUGUUGACCUGAAAAAAAACCUGGAAUAUGCAGCUUCUGUACUGGAAUCAGUGUAUAUUGAGGAGACACGGCGACUGGUGGACACAGAAGAUGAGCUCAGCGACAUCCAGUCGGACUCAGUGCCGUCGGAGGUGCGCGACUGGCUGGCCUCCACCUUCACGCGGCAGAUGGGCCUGAUGUUGCGGCGCUCCGAGGAGAAGCCGCGCUUCCGCAGCAUUGUGCAUGCCGUGCAGGCUGGCAUAUUCGUGGAGAGGAUGUACCGCAGGACGUCAAACAUGGUGGGAUUAAGCUAUCCGCCCAAUGUGAUCACAGUACUCAAGCAUGUGGAUACCUGGUCAUUUGAUGUGUUUGCGCUAAAUGAUUCAAGUGGAGAUCAUGCACUGAAAUUUAUAUUUUAUGAGCUUCUUACCAGAUAUGACUUAAUCAGUCGCUUCAAGAUCCCCAUAUCUGCCCUGGUAUCAUUUGUCGAGGCUUUGGAGGUUGGCUACGGUAAACAUAAAAACCCCUACCAUAAUCUCAUCCACGCAGCAGAUGUCACUCAGACUGUACACUACCUUCUGCUCAAGACUGGCAUGGUGCACUGGCUUACAGAGUUAGAAAUCUUCGCUAUGAUAUUUGCAGCUGCAGUGCAUGAUUAUGAACAUACUGGGACCACUAACAACUUCCAUAUACAGACCAGAUCAGACACAGCCAUAUUGUACAAUGACCGCUCAGUGCAGGAGAAUCAUCACGUGAGUGCCGCUUAUCGACUCCUGCAGGAUGACGAUGAGAUGAACAUCCUCUAUAACUUAUCUAAAGAUGACUGGAGAGAGUUGCGUGCUCUGGUGGUUGAGAUGGUUUUGGCCACAGAUAUGUCCUGUCACUUCCAGCAGAUCAAGGCAAUGAAGAAUUUCCUCCAGCAACCAGAGGCGAUCGACAAACCAAAGGCCUUAUCCCUGUUACUACACACUGCAGACAUCAGCCACCCUGCUAAAAGGUGGGACCUGCACCAUCGCUGGACAACCUCACUGCUGGAGGAGUUCUUUAGGCAGGGGGAUAAAGAGGCGGAGCUGGGCCUGUCCUUCUCUCCCCUCUGCGACCGCAAGUCCACCAUGGUCGCCCAGUCUCAGAUAGGCUUCAUCGACUUCAUUGUGGAGCCUACAUUCAGUGUUCUCACAGACAUGACGGAAAAAAUAGUGACGCCACUCAUUGACGAGGCCUCGAGCUCGGGCCUGGCAGGUUUCCGGCGCUCCAGCCUUAAUAACAUUCCUACAGAUGGCAAACGUGCCAAGAGUUCAGGCUCAGAGGGCAGCACCUCACUCAACUGCUCCAUCCUCACUGUUGAUUUCAAGAGCUUCAAGGCCACAUGGAAUGAUGAGGUGCAGCAGAACAGGGAGAAGUGGAGAACUCAGGCAGCCAAAGACCUGGAGGAGAGGGCCCAGGAGGAGGCCGAGGAGAAGGCCAAGCUGGAGCAGGUUGAGGAGAAACAGGAUAAGGGCGAGGAACACACAGACACUGAGAAAACAGACAUUACACAGGAUAAAGACAAAAGUGAGAAAGAUCAGAGUGAUAAAUUACAAGGCAGAGAUGCGAAAUGUGCACAAUCCACAGACCGAGACAAAAGCGGCAAAGAGAGAGACACAAAAACCCAGCGAGCAGACUUCACCAAGGCCAAGGUGAAGAGGAAGGUGUCCAUGGAACAGCAACCCAAAGAAGCAGAGGGCACCAAGAACCCAGGAGGGGCAGGGGGAGCUAAAGUGGAGCAUGCUGAUGAAGGGGUGGAUGCAAAAGAGGCAGACAUCAACAGUGAUACAGACAACAGACAACAAAUAAGAAAUGGGGAGGUGGCAGAGAAGCUGGACACACCUGACAGUGACGCCAAUGACACAAAGAGCCCAGACGAUGGAGAUGAAGAGCACAGUAAUCAUGAACCCUCACCUGCCUCUCUAGCAGCUAGUACUGCAGAUGCCCCUACGUCUGAUGCACACUAACCGCUCUUUCAUUUCUCAACAAGGACACCAUCUUCUGGGCAAGCCUCUCACGCCUGCAUCAUAGCACCAUCUGGUGGUCACGCGGAUAUUUUCUGGAAUACAUUUUUGUUGUUUGUUGUUUUGUUUGCGUGACUUGGAGGAAAAAAAAAAUUCCUUUGCAAUUGAAUUUUUAAAUUUUCUUAUUUGUUGCCUAAUUAUUCUUUUUACUUUCUUUUUUAUUACCAAUAUGUCUAUAUGUCUUCAUUGUCAGGCUUGGCACUGCAGUGAGACAAGAAAAUGGCACAACAUUGAGGUCAUAAGCCAUCACCUACUGUUAACUCACAACCAAGUGGGGGUUACCAUAAAGGCAAGGGAGACUGUUAGCAUUAAGCCAGAAGAAACCAUAUGGCAUUACAGCCAUCAUGGUUUCCUCCACAGCUGAGCUUUCCUAGAGAUUAUACACAAACAA